AUGGGAUGCGUGCUUGGUCAACAUGAUGAAUCAGGACGAAAGGAAAGAGCAAUCUACUAUCUCAGUAAGAAGUUCGCCGAAUGCGAAACAAGAUAUUCGCCAAUUGAGAAAUUAUGUUGUACCUUAAUCUGGACAACUCGGAGACUGAGACAGUACAUGUUGCACUAUACGACCUGGUUAAUCUCUAAAUUGGACCCUCUAAAAUACUUGAUGGAGUCAACCACUCUGAAUGGAAGAAUGACCCGAUGGCAAAUUCUUCUAUCUGAAUUUGGCAUAGUUUAUGUGAACCAGAAGGCGGUCAAAGGGAGCGCAAUAGUGGAAUUCCUAGGAAGUAGAGCUCUGGAAGAUUAUGAGCCAUUGAACUUCUAUUUCCCAAAUGAGGAUUUGAUGUAUGUUGCAACUGAAGAAAGAGAUUUCCAAGAAGGUGGUCCUUGGAAGCUGAGUUUUGACGGAGCUUCAAAUGCUAUAGGCAACGGAAUUGGGGCAGUACUCGUGUCUCCUACCAUAGAACGGAAAAUUAAAGUGCUAGAGGUAUACGGGGACUCUGGAUUAGUAAUUUACCAGCUCAAAGGGGAAUGGGAAACAAGAGACCCGAAGUUAGUUCGCUAUCGAAAAUUGGUUCUAGAAUUGAUUGAGGAAUUUGAUAGUGUCACCUUUAGCUAUCUCCCACGAGAUGAGAACCAGAUGGCAGAUGCUUUGGCCACCCUAGCUUCUAUGUUAAAAGUGAACAAACUAGAGGAUAUGAAGCCUAUCCAGAUCAGCAUCUAUGAGGCUCCAGCCCAUUGUUGUAACAUUGACAAUGAAGAGGAAAAGGAUGAUCACCCAUGGUAUCACGACAUAUUGCGAUAUGUGAAAAGUCGUGAGUACCCUGACCAUGCGACGGAAAAUGAUAAGAAGACAUUAAGGACGUUAGCCCUUAACUAUGUCCUAGAUGGGGAACUUUUGUAUAAAAAGGGAAAAGAUCAAGUAUUGUUGAGGUGUGUGGAUACUGUCGAGGCAAAGAAAAUUUUGGAAGAAGUGCAUGAAGCAGUUAGCAAGUUUCUGAAAAAAGAGAUCAUAUGUCGAUACGGGACGCCUGAAAGGAUCAUAUCCGAUAAUGCGCUGAACUUAAACAAUAACUUAAUAGCGGAAGUUUGCAGUCAGUUCAAGAUCAGACACCACAAUUUGUCACCGUAUCAUCCAAAAAUGAAUGGUGCCGUGGAGGCAGCUAACAAAAACAUCAAGAAAAUUGUAGGGAAAAUGACUGAAACCUACAAAGACUGGCACAAGAAAUUACCUUUCGCUCUCCGAGCAUAUCGUACUUCUGUUAGGACCUCUACUGGGGCAACACUGUUUUCUCUAGUCUAUGGGAUGGAAUCAGUUUUACCCAUAGAAGUUGAAAUCCCUUCUCUCUAA